AUGGCUCCUACACGACCAAGAACAAGAUCCUCGGGAGGUUCCCCUUCUUUUUCCAAGAACGCUGCCGCCGAAUUAGUUCAUCUACGAUCUGGAAGCCCUACAGCGCACCCACCAAGUCCCAUCAAAAAGCGAACAGCCGGUACCAUCACGAUGCAACAAAAGCAGGCCAUGAUCGACAACAUGCAACUAGAGAUCACCGAACGCGCUCGUCGACUGAGGGCUCAAUACAAUUAUAUGGCCACAACCGCGCGCUCACGUAUCGAAAUGCGACUUAACAGAAUCCCUAUCUCAAUGAGGAAUGUGAAGAUGGGAGACUUAUUGCAAAAGUACAUGGAUCAAGAGAGACAACGAGCUGCAAGAUCAGCAGCUAUAAAGAAGCCCCCAACAACAGCACGAAUUACAAGCCCAGUGAAACAGGCCCAGCACAGCGCGUACAACUUCAAGUCUUCGGCGCGUGUAAACAAGCGCAUGAGUGAUGCUAUCUCGGGAGAUAAGGAGAACGAAAUCGAGCACAACGAAAAUGCCAAGAAGAAGGUCCGAGGUGUUCCAAAUGGAGAUGUGUCUCAAAUUCGGCCUGCACUGGUUCUUUCACCAACUUCGUCAAACUCGCGAAUGACAAACCGACCAGUCUCCCCUAUCAAAUCUGGCAUUGCACGACCUGCUUCGCCAUUGAAGAACCCUUCACAAUCUCGUUCGGCUGCUGCUGCGAAUAUGCUCUCAAGUAUGGUGGAAAAGGCCAAGGCCUCACGAGGCGGCAUAACACGAAAGGUCACCACAUCCUCAAACGUAAGCACACAGUCCAGCAGCAAUGCUGCAGUGAGGAACAAGAAAGGCCCCGCGAACCCAAUUUCUCGGCCCCCAGUCUCGCGACCAGCCACGCGGACAGGACGCAGGUCUAUUGCCAACAGUGAUACAAGCGAGGCCAGCAACGGAACAGUGAUAAGAAAGGGGGGGCCAGCGAAGAAGAGGACCUCAGCUUCGCGCAAGGGGGCUGCAGGGUCAGUGCGCAAGACAACGGCAGGAAAGGCCAGCACGUCGACUGCAAGCACAGGCACAGGACGAGUGUUGCGGAAACGGGCAUAG